AUAUAAAACACUUGUCAACUAAUUUACACUUGUGUGUACACUUGUGUACAGUGGUAACUAUUACCCUAUUCUUUUUACACGUAUACAUAUAAAAAGUAUAUUUUUAUAUUACAAUUUUAUAUUAUAUUUAUAUAAAGAAUUUAAUAUCACAGUUAAAAGAUAUAAUUAAUAAAACUAUCAUGUCUUUAUGGUCUGUUGUGUUUUUUCCUGACACAGCCGAAGUUGAAGUGGUGCCUACAAAUUGGAUUAACUCAGAAAAAGGCAUUGUUUAUUGUAAGUGGCCAUCUACAUUAACAUGUCGUAAUCCAAGGGAUGCUGUAAAGAAAAGGAUAAAUCCUGAGCAAUCUGGGCUGUCAUACAAUGUUAUGAUAAAAUAUCAUACAGAUGAUUAUUUAUUAGCGUGUGAAAAAUCCAAAAAAGGUGAGCUUGUGUCUGAUCUUACAAGUUCUGGAUUAUCUGAAUCAGAGAAUCUUACAACUAAAAAUAGUUACUUAUUUGCUAUAGUGAAUACAUGUAUUGGUUUUAUGUUAAAGUAUGUGUACCUGGUAUUAUAAAUUAUAGUGAAACAAACCUAAUAAUAAGAUAUCAUUUGUAUAAUCUAUUAUAAAUAUAUUAUGUUAUAAAUA